AUGCCUAUAAUGGGCUACGACUCAAUUCGUCGUAUCGCUACACUAUCUCAGCUUACGAUCCCCGAAUCGAUUCUAUCUGAUCUCGAGCCUAUCAAGUAUGACGACGAUGCUGUGAGAAAGUACGGAACCGUCAAGGUAGUUCAUCAUGUGCAUUGUUCUGAAGAUAAAAAGAAUGGGAAAACCUUGUAUGGGAGGAAGAACGCAAAGGCAACACGCUCGACACCCUACUGA